UUUUUACAGAUUUCUGGAACAGAAGCUUUAAAAAAUACAACUUUAAAGUUAUUAGGAAUCAAUAAUGGUAAAGCUAUAUUACGGCUGGUACAUAGAAAUCCCAAAAACAUAGAUAGUGUUACUUCAGCAACAUCAAAAAUGGUUAAUAAAAACAUUGAUAUUGAUAAAAAAAAUUCUAAAAAUGAUUAUUUAUUACCAACAAAUUCUAAUCAAGUAUCAGAAUCUAAUGUAUCUACAAAUCAAGAAAUGCAAAAAAUAAAAGAAUUAGUAGUAUGUUCUCAAAACAUUGAAAAAAAAACAAAAGAAAUAAUAAAAGAGCAAAAAGAAGAUAAAAUAAUGCCAUCAACUAGUACUGAUAAUUGUGUUGGAAACCAAAUUUUAAUGCAAUCGUGCAGUAAACGUGAAUCAGAUGAUUUAAAUAAUAUAGAAUUUUUAGGUGAAAGAAAUGCUUUGGUAUUUAAUCAGGCUACAAUUCAAGGAACGUUCAGAGAUGAAUUACCAGAUGACUUUUAUGAUUUAACAGUUGAUGAUGCAAAAAUAUUAUUAAGAGAUGCUAAACGUUAUAGAAAAGAAUUGGAAGAAGCACCUCUUUUAACAAAUGUUCAACGACAGUCGAAUCAAAAAAAACAAAUAUUAAAUCAAUUAAACAAAUAUCAUUACACGAUAAUCCGUAUACAAUUUCCAGAUCAAUUUGUCCUUCAAGGUUUAUUUCAACCAAUGGAAACUGUACAAGCGAUCAAAGACUUUAUAAAAUGUUAUUUAACUGAUGAAAAUAGUGAUUUUAUAAUCUUUACUACACCACCAAAACAUAUUUUGGAUCCUAAUUCUCACUUAAUUAAUGAAAACUUAGUUCCCUGUGCUAUUAUUCAUUAUUCUGGAUCAUCAACUCUCAAAUCGGAUGUGAAACAAAAAUUUACAGAUCCUAAGAAAGUUGAACUGCAAGUCGCUAAAACUAGAAAAUUAAUGAUAAAUCGAACUAAAACAAUAAAUGAAGAUGUGAAUAUAAAUAAUGUUACAAAUAGUAGAUCAGCAUUUAAUAUGUCCACUAAUAAUGAAUCAUUAAAUGAAAAAAAAAAUAAAAUUCCAAAAUGGUUAAAUCCAUCACCGAAAUAAUUAAUUUUUCUUAUUA